AUGAGUCCAAAGAGAGGGGAAGAGAACGAGGCCUUCGAGCCAGAGGAGCGGGGUAUGACACACAUUCAAACAGAUGAUACUUCAGAAUGUACAGAUGGGAACAGAAAGACAAACCACCACAAGAAAAGCCUGCUGGAACAGAAAAUGGAGACAUUCCAGGACUGUUUGGCAGAACACAGAGACCAGGUUCACCUGGUGAAACGCCUUGUCCUGACAGCAGGCUUUGUUGCCAUAGUGAUAGCAGCGUGUGUGCUGAACUUCCGCCGGGCUGUCGUGCUGCUGGUCAUCUCCGUGGCAACCAUGUUUUUCCUGGCCUGGGAUUGGACAAUGGAACGCUACGGCGACAGGGUCUGGGAGGAGCUUCGUCCCGUCAGAGAGCUUUUUAGCAGAAACUGGUGUUGGAUCAAAUGGGUAAUGUGUGUGUCGCUGCUGGUCGCCGUGGUGUUCUGGUUAGCACUGGACACAGCGCAGCAGGGGAACAGACAGAUUGUGUCUUUCUUUGGUUUGCUGCUCUUAAUCUUCCUAAUGGUGCUGUUUUCCAAACACCCGUUUCGGUGGUCUUGGCAGACUCUUCUUAGUGGUGUCGGGCUGCAGUUUGUGUUUGGUCUGCUCAUCCUCAGGACCACGUCUGGUUUAGAGGCACUGCAGUGGCUCGGAAAUCUAGUAGAGGGUUUUAUGUCAUUCACCGAUGUUGGGUCUAAGUUUGCGUUUGGUGCCAGUUACAUGGACCAUUCCUUCGUCUUUAAGGUGAUGCCAAUAUUAGUAUUUACGAGCUCGGUCAUCUCCAUCCUCUACCACAUCGGCUUCAUGCCCUGGCUGGUACGAAAGAUUGGAUUCAUAAUGCAGGUUACCAUGGGAACAUCACCAGCAGAGUCAAUGGCUGCUGCCGGAAAUAUUUUCUUGGGACAGACAGAGUCACCUCUCUUGAUCCGUCCCUACAUCAGUGGGUUAACUCUCUCCGAGAUCCAUGCUGUGAUGACAGGAGGCUUUGCCAGCAUCGCGGGUACCAUCUUAGGAGCCUACAUCUCUUUCGGGGUUGAGGCAACUCACUUGUUGACGGCGUCAGUGAUGUCUGCUCCAGCCUCCCUCGCCAUUGCAAAGACCUUCUGGCCUGAAACAGAGCCACCCCGCGUAACGACGAGUCAUGACUUAAAAAUGGAACAAGGAGAGAGUACAAACCUGUUAGAAGCGGCAUCCCAGGGUGCAACUUGUGCCGUGGGUUUAGUGGCCAACAUUGUCGUCAACAUCAUCGCCUUCAUGGCACUGUUGGCUUUUUUAGACUCCUCCCUCUCCUGGCUGGGUGGGAUGUUGGACUACCCACAACUCAGCUUCUCGCUCAUCUGUUCCUACAUGUUCAUGCCUCUGUCCUUCAUGCUGGGUGUUUCCUGGGAGGACAGUUUUAUCGUUGCUGAGCUGAUUGGUCUAAAGACAUUCAUCAAUGAGUUUGUGGCCUUUCAGAAGCUGUCCGAGUUUAUUCAGAGGCGGAAAGCAGGAGGGCCAGAAUACGUGAACAACGUAAAGCAGUAUAUUUCUGUCCACUCUGAAACCAUUGCAACCUAUGCUCUGUGUGGAUUUUCCAACUUUGCCUCCCUGGGGAUGGCCAUUGGAGCGAUGUCGUCACUGGCUCCAGAGAGACGUGCCGACAUCUCCAGUUGUGGUUUCAGAGCUCUGAUCGCAGGAAGUGUUUCCUGUUUCAUGACAGCUUGUAUUGCAGGUGUGCUGUACAUUCCUGAUCUUCAGUGCCCACAUUUCCUGAGCACAGAGUUCAACGAAACCAACGUGACCCUGAGCUCACAACUUGUCACCUGCUGCGAACAGCUAUAUAACAGUGUGACGGUGUAUGAGCCGCUGAACGUGACAAUUGGAGGAGGAUUCAGUGACAGCAGUCUGCAGGGCUGCUGCACACUUUCACCCCCGACACACUUCUUUAACUGCAGCCUGGUGCUGUGA